GUCGACGCCGAUGCGCCGGGCAGGACUGCCGACAUGGACUACAAAAUACUCGUCGUAGCGAUCCUAGCGCUAACGCUCGCGGUGGCCAAUGGAGACGAAAGGGAUUCCAUCUCGAAAGCAACUAAAGAGUCCAUCGAGGACGCAGAGAUGGAAUACGGAAAGGAGAUGGAGGCCCUGAUGCUGGCAGGGGCCAGGAGCGAGAGGCCGAGCUUCCGCGCCAAAACCACACCCGAAGCACGGGAAAUCGGGAAAAUGGCACGCAUUCUAAGGAUUGCCACAUCCAAACUGGCGGAAAAGUUGGAGAUUCCUCGGAAGGAAGCGGAAUACCUCGUUCGUCGGGAGAUGUACCCUUGGGAAAAAGAGGAGAGAGCUCGAUCCGGCGCACCCCCUGCCUGCUGCUCGGGCGUCCAGCCCGACUGCGCCUCCCAAGACCCCAGAUACCGCACAUACGAUGGAGUGUGCAACAACCUCGCGGACUCGUGCGGGUGCGAUUCGGAUGCCAUCUAUUGGGGAUCCGCGGAAACCUACUAUCGUCGCAUCAACAACGGCAACUCCUACGACGACGGGUUGGGCAUCCCCCGAGGAUCGGGAGGUUCUUUCACGCUGCCGAAUCCGAGGGAAGUGUCCAACAGGCUUCACGGAGACGCGGACGAACCGACCGGGAUGGUCACCCACAUGGUCAUGCAAUGGGGACAAUUCUUGGAUCACGACAUCGGCCUCACCCCCAACGGAGAUUUGAAAUGCUGCGAGCUCGAUCCGUCGCCGGAGGAGUGUUUUCCGAUCGAGAUUCCUCACGAUGACCCUUUCUAUUCCCAGCUCACCGUCCCCCAGACGUGCAUGAGUUUCCAAAGGUCCAUUCCCUACUGUGGAGGAGAGGUGCGAGAGCAGAUAAACAUGAUCACAGCGUUCAUCGAUGGUUCCAGCAUAUAUGGAUCUAGCGAAAGCCUGGCUAUGAAACUCCGAAGCCAUCAGGACGGGAAGUUGGUGACGAAUGCGAACGAUCCGGGUCUCCUUCCGACCAGCGACCAGAUAUUAGAGGAUGGCUCAGACGCCUUCCUAUCCGGGGACAUAAGAGUGAUGGAAAAUCCCGGACUCCAAAGUCUCCACACUCUGUUCAUGAGGGAGCACAACAGGCUCGCAGAGGAGUUGAAGGCUCUCAAUCCGGCCUGGGACGACGAACGACUCUUCCAGGAGGCCAGGAAGAUCAUCGGAGCGGAGAUGCAGAACAUCCACUACGGAGAGUUCCUUCCGGAAGUGUUUGGAAGUUCCUCGUACAUGGAAGACUAUGGGCUCGGGUGCACCUGCCCGUCGACCUACGACCCGAACCUCGAUCCUAGCCUCUACAACAUCUUCACUUCCGCUGCCUACAGAUUCGGUCACUCGUUGGUGCGAAAUGAAGUUCUGAUCCUCUCCGAAGGCGGGGAAGAGAGUUACUAUUACCUCAAGGACAACUACGGGAAUGCCACACCACUACUCGAAAACGGACUCGCAGCCAUCCUCGUCGGCGUUGCAGGGCAAGACACCCAGUCGUUCGAUGAACAUUUUGCAGACGCCGUUCGAAAUUAUCUCAACAGGCUCUCCGCGAAUGAAUUCGGGGAGGAUCUCGUGGCCAGGGGGAUCCAGCGCGGCCGAGAUCACGGCAUCCUCGGAUACAACGAAUACAGGGCGUUUUGCGGGAUCGAGAAACUCGAGGAUUGGGAUUCCAGGCCGAAGGAAUUCUCUCAGAGGAAAUGGGAUAUCCUUCGCAGCCUCUACACGGACCCAGACGACUUGGACAUGUACAGCGCGGGAUUUCUGGAAACGCCCGUCGCGGACGACGCCGUGAUCGGCCCCACCCAUGCCUGCUACGUGGCCGACGCUUUCCGUCGUCUCAAGUACGGGGAUCGCUUCUUCUUCACGCACACCGGGCUCCCGAACAGCUUCACCCCCGAGCAGGUCCAGGUCAUCCGGGACAGAAAGUUGAGCGACGUCAUCUGCGACAAUUCUCCGGCCACUUCCCUUCAGCCCUCGGUCAUGCGCCCGGUCGGAAACGGGUAA